AUGGCGCUCCACGCCAUGCUCGGCGUCCGGGAAGCAGGUCUCUUUGGUGAGGUGGGAAGCAGGAGAGAUCCCCACCGACUCACCCGACUCAUUCUCGUUCCUCCCCAACCUUUCCGCUCCCUCCAACAUCGCCGCCGCCGGCCACUCCCCGUCUCUCUGGACCUCGCCGCCGGCCUCUCUCCGUCCCCUCCCCUCCCCUUCCCUCAUCAGGAAAGAAGAGAAGAGAAGCCGAGAGGGAGAUCGAGCGAGCGAGUAGGCCAGCGGCGGCCGUGGCGCUCCGGCUCAGAUCCGCCAACGCUGUCGUCCAGGGCCUGGGGCUCGACGGAGGUCGGCUCCGUCCCCGCCACGGGUCGCCGGAGGCCGCCUUGCUCAACUCGCGACCCCUCCCCUCCUUAUUCGUCGCUCAUUCCUUCCCUCACCCCUGCUCGCCUUCACCGGCGGCGGUGGCUCUCGCCGCGCGACCUCUCGGCGGACCAGGUCGCGCGUGACCGCGUCCUACUCCUCGUCCGCAGCAAAGCCUCCUCCUUCAGUAAUCUGGGCAGGAGCACAUGCAUCGACCACUUCUGCCUCGAAUACUUGGAGGAGCACAAGGUCGAGGAGCAUCCUCAAAACACCAAGGUCCGGGCCAUCCUCCGCAGCCAUGGCAUCAACCUCCACCUCCAUGACGACGGAGACCAUGUCAAGGCCACUUCUGCCCCGGAUAUUUGGAGCACAAGGUCGAGGGGCAUCCCCAAUGCACUAAGGUCCGGGCCAUCAUCCGCAGCCACGGCAUCAACCUCCAUGACGAUGGAGACCAUAGCGGGGACUCACUUCUUGAUCUUCACCUCCCUACUUGAGGUCCUGCAAAAGCGUGCUCAAGGGCAUGUUCACCUAUUUGUGGAAGAGACGGAUAAGGAGUUGGAGCUCCGUUUUUUGGCUCAGCUCACACAGACGCACGCUUCCCUUGCGGCUCCCCCCUCCGCCUCGGAUGUCCACUUCCUAUUUGACUACGGCAUAGGUUACUUUCUUGGAAGAUCAGUUCCACUUGAUGAAUGGAAAAUUAGUUUACUCCUCGUCCGCAGCAAAGCCCUCUCCUUCAGGAGCAGACGCAUCGACCAUUUCUGCCUCGAAUACUUGGAGCACAAGGUCGAGGAGCAUCCCCAACGCACCAACGUCUGUGCCAUCCUUCGCAGCCACGGCAUCAACCUCCACGACGAUGGAGACCAUAGAUCCUCUCAAUGGGACCCAAGAAUGCCAGUGAGUCACUUUGGCAAGGAUCCUGGUGUGUCGCACAGUCACACCAAGUCGUAUGUGCGCUCCAAGGAAAGGAAGUUUGAGAAGGCUUGUGGUAGGAGGAACAGGGGUGGCUUCAAGAUCCUCUUGAGGGGACCCAAGAAUGCUCGUGAGGCGGUGAGGCACUUUGGCAAGGCUCCUGGCGUGCCGCACAAACCACAUCAAGAUGUACGUGUGCUCCAAGGAAAGGAUGUUUGAGAAGGCUUGUGGUAGGAGGAACAGCCAUGGCUUCAUCAAGCUGCAGAUCCAUGGCCCGCUGGAGCUGCCCAUCUUCAGCAACUUGCCGCCACAUACAGCCCCCGCCCCCGCGUCGGCUACGUUGACUUCCACAAGGUGGUUGAGAUGCAGCCCAAUAUGUCUUCACCUUGAACCACGAGCAACACCGCAGAUUGGGUGCUCUUUGCUACCAGCUGGUGAAAGGAAAAGCUGCUCCGACUGGCGAGGAUGCCCACAAAGGUGGCCUCUUCCGACGACUUUUGCCCUGUUCCUCUGGUGGCCUCGAUUAUUCUUCCUCCCCGGCAUAGGUGCUGCAGAUCCACGGCCCGCAAGAGCCGCCCAUCUUUGGCAACUCGCCGCCAUCUACAGCUUCCCCCGCUGCUGCGUUGACUUACACAAGCGGCACCGCAGGUUUUGUGCUAUUUGCUACCAUCUGGUGAAAGGAAAAGCCGCUCCGAUCUGUGAGGAUGCCCACCAAGGUGGCCUCUCUUGACGACUUCUGCCCUGCCCCUUCGGUCACCUCGAUUUUUCUUCCUCCACAGCAUAGGUGCAACACCGCAGGUUGUGUGCUCUUUGCUACCAUCUGGUGAAAGGAAAAGCUGCUCCAAUCUGGCGAGGAUCGGAUGCUACCAAGGUGGCCUCUCCUGAUGACUCCUGCCCUGCCCAUCCGGUGGCCUUGAUUAUUCUUCCUCCUCGACAUAGGUGAGUAAAUGGUUAGAUGAACAUUCUCAACCUGAGGGCGUCCCCUAUGAUCACCCAUAUAUUCCGGCGCAGCUAAACUCGGCCACGGCAAGGAGAAUGGGCCUAGGAUGAGCUCUUCGUCAGUGCCGUCGAUAACCUGGGCUACAUGCUCAUCUAGAACUACACGAGCAGGCACGGAGGAGCCAGUUUUGGUCAAUGUUCAGAAAGAAUGCUCAAAACUCUCAAGAAGAUGACAUGCCCUCAUCAGAAUAGUCGUUUGAUGUUUCUAGAUUUUAGCAAUCACGUUCCAAAGGACCUUUCGGGAUCAACUAUAACGGCUGUGCUUAAAUAAGAAAAUGACAUCCAUCCUGUUCUCGCUCACAAUAAACAGGUCCUUGCUGGGGGGAGACGAUUAAUGGUCCAGAAGGGCCAUUUCAUGAUUGUGAAGAGAGCACCAGAUGAAUUCAUCAGUUUGAAGCUUAAAGAAUAAAUUUCACAGUGGCGACUUGGUGCCAAACUUUGGGCCAUCCCAAAAGGCGGCACGUCGAAGAUAUGUAUGCUGGUGAUGGUGGACCGGAGUGAUCGCAUCCUGGGCGAGAAGAGUGAUCGAUGGAGCUUGGUCUAUGGGAAAUCAAUCUUCCUGAAGAAGGCCAUCUUCAUCAUCGGUUGCGACGAGUACUCAAAGCUGGCUUUCUUGGAUUAGAUUCAUCAGGGCAGUUUGUACGAUAUGCAACCAUGAUUCUGCUUGACGCCCAGGAACAAGAUGCCGGCGUAUGUUCUACAGGCAAAACUCGAGCGGCUCCCUGAUGGGUGUGACUCCAUGAGUGAAGCGUGGAUCUGUCUUUGGUGCAAUCAUCUGCAUGUACACUAAUACUAACUGGAAACAUAGGUAGUGUGGUGAAAUGCAUCCACUUGGUGAUCGCCUCCUUGAAGGGCAUUACCAAGCUGUCUUUUGUUUGUUUGUUCGUUUCGUUUGCUUGUUUGUGGGGUGAUGCAUAUGUUCUUGGAGAGUUGUUGUUUCCGUUAGCAAAACUUUCAAUAGGGGUGUGGGUAAAUGUAAACAUCAACCAGAAUUAUUGUAUGUCUUUGAAAGGUGCAAUGAAACCAAAUUUUGGUUCC